AUGGCUGGGGGUUCGCACAAUGAAGACUUUACGAGGAGGAUGGCGAGGCGGACGCGGCUUAACGAGGAGUCGACGCUUGCCUACCUUGUUUCGAUGCUGGCAAUAGCGGUCGUGUUUAUGCUGCUCCACCUGGUACGACGGCUUGGGCAGCGGCUAUCCGAGGGACGGACCCAAACCAACAAGACUACAGUACUGGCAUCGCUUUCCCGGAAGAUACGGAGCGUGUCAAUCCGCAGUGUACCUUGCCUUCCUUCGGUCGGCCACGCCGGACUCGUCUCUCUCUACGUGGCCAUCAACAUCAUCGUGACUUUCACAAACAUUGACAACAAGAACAUGGGGAUGAUUACCAAUAUUGCCGCGAGAACGGCCUGGCUUGCUCUGGCCAACUUGGUCGUGCUCAUUGUGCUGGCUCUCAAGAACACUCCGCUGGCUUUCCUGACCGCGUGGUCAUAUGAGCGCCUCAACGUGCUGCAUCAGGUUGCCGGCUACAUGACGAUAACGCAUGUCAUUAUCCACGCCAGCUGCUACUCUGCCUACUUUGUGGAAGACGGGCGAAGCGACCGGCUCCUUGAGGUCGGCGAGAUAUACGGCAUGGUGGCCGGCAUAUCGUUUGUCAUUAUUGGCUUCGCCGGCGCCGUCCUGAGGCGAUGGUGGUAUGAGCUCUUCUACUACGUGCACGUCUCCUUUUGGGCGCUGGCCAUUGUCAUGGUCGGCCUGCACCAGCCGGAGCUGGGCAAGAAGACCAUUAUCAUGACGCUCGUCGCGGCUGGGCUGUGGGCCAUGGACCGACUGGUCCGCCUUACACGGCUCUUGCUAUUCAGCGUCAACAACUCCGUCACGCUCACGCCGCUGUCCAACGGUGCGACACGGGUGACGCUCACCAAGCCCCCGGCCUGCGCCGUGUCGGGCGAGCACUGCUUCUUGUGGCUGCCGAGGAUCCGGACCUGCGAGACGCACCCCUUUACGAUUGCCGCGACGGGCCCCGUGGAGUUUGUCGUUACGUCCCACGACGGCUUCACGCGCGAUCUGCACAGGUACGCCGUGUCACACCCUGGCGCGUUGCUCCGGGCCUCGGUGGAGGGCACGUAUGGCAAGAUCCCGGAUCCCGCUGCGUACGACACGGUUGUGCUCGUGGCUGGAGGUAGUGGGGCUAGCUUUACGUUCGGCAUGGCCUUGAACAUGCUCCGGAAGCUGCAGGCCGACGAGGUCAGAACCAUUGUCUUUGUUUGGGUGGUCAGGCAUCACGAGUACUUGGAGUGGUACUCGGACCACCUGAUCACGCUGAGAAAUGAUGGCCGCGUGGAUGCGAGACUGUUCGUAACGAGACGCUCGUUAUCCCAGCCUGCCAGCCCGCUACCAGCCAGUCCGAUGACGGAGAUGGGCAUCAAAGAAAUAUCGGAGCUGGCCAUAAGCAACGCCGCCAAGUUGGAAAAGAAGACACCGCAGGUACAGUCGCAGAGCUCGAUCAACUCGCUCCGGUCAGAAAAGUCGCAACGUUCGGAGGCAGGUGACCCGCCGGUGGCCAUCAGCGGCGUCCCCAUUCGGUACGAGCGUCCGGACGUCAGCGCCCUGAUCCGCCGCGCCGUCGACGAGACACCGGCACAUAAGCAGGCCUUGGUGCUGGGGUGCGGACCCCACGGACUGAUGAAGCAGGUGAGGAACACGACGGCGGACUGCAUCCGAUCGGACGGGCCCAGCGUUGAGCUCCACUGCGAGCAGUUUGGAUGGUAA